AUGAACCAAGACAGUUUCUCUUCUUUAAAAUUCCGACGAACAUCUAGCAGACUUUCCAAGGACUCUCCUAGCUUCAGCUCGCGCAUUUUGAAGAGUCACCAGAGCAACACGUCAUUGAAACGACACCCCUCCGCGCCCGUCUACCCACGUUCUUCAGCCAGUGGGAGUCGAGAGCAUUCACGGACGAGAUCUAACGCUUACGGUUCCUCUUCAUCCUCGCUCGACCAGAGCAGCGCAGGUCCAUCUCCAGUUGCUGGCAACGAAUCCAACUACUUUCCCAGCGGUUACAAUCCCGCCAAACCCCGGCCACCCCACCCCGGACGCUUCUCCCUCAACGAACAAAGCUCAGAUGAAGUAGUCGGCGCCCCGUUUGAAUCACGGGGCAUGCUCAGUGCAUUGGAAGAGACCACCGCAGAGUCUGACAGGCAAUCCGACAGACAAUCUCAACGGCUAUCUUUCAGACAAUCUUUUAAACCUCCCCCAACUUUACGCGCCCCCCACACCAGUCCCGAUACUCGAGGGCUCAGACAAUCUGCCAGCUUUACAGCGCUACAGAACCGAAUGGAUAACCUAUUUCCUAGCCGGACCGAAAAUGACAGGACGCCGAAUACGAACCGGUAUUCCGACGAGGGGAACGGCUCGAACCCAAAGCCCUCCUCGGGCUCGAGACGGAAUAAGAAGAGCAGCUUUUCCUCCUUUGUCAACAGCAUGCUUCCCUCUCCCCGAGGCAUCAAGAUAUCCGCCCCUGAGAAUCCGGUCCAUGUAACUCAUGUCGGUUACGAUAACCAGACAGGCCAAUUCACCGGCCUGCCCAAGGAAUGGCAACGGCUACUGCAGGAAAAUGGUAUUUCGAAGAAGGAGCAGGAGGAGCACCCCCAGACCAUGGUCGAUAUCAUGAGAUUCUACGAAAAGAAUGCUCAAGGCGAUGAUGAAGUUUGGCACAAGUUUGACCAUGCGUAUGCUCACCAUCAAACUGCCACAAGUCCGAUCGUCCAACCGGUCGCUGCGACAUCGUCAUCCCAAGGCCAGCGAAGUGGUUCGCCCCCUGGAAGUCCCCGAUUCCCGCAAAACCAUGAAGGCAGUUUCGAAAACCCACGGGCGCCCCCUCCUAUUCCUCGCGGGGCUCCGACAGGUCCCCAGGUUCCCCAGGCCAUGUCUCCACCGCUGGGCGGCCUCAUACCUAACCGAGCACCUCCCAAGCCCCCGACUCCAGCGAACAUGACCCCGGCCAGGCCUCCCCCUCAGCCCCCUGUUUCAAACCAGUAUACUGGUGUCCCAGCACGCCCUGCCCAGGAAGACUAUGCCCCUCAAUAUGGAACGCCCCCUAUCCCGGAAACCCAGCAAUUCCCCUCCGAAUCACAGCGGAGCAGAUCGAACUCGAAGGCAAGUGUCUCAGGACCAUGGUCCCCGCCGGUUUCUUCGCCGACCCAAUACCAGCAACAGCAGGAGCAGGCAAUGGUUGCCGCCCAACAAGCAAUUGCAAGCAAGCAACUAGACCGGACUCGCAGUCAGCGUCAGCAGCCACAGCUGCAGCUGCAACCGCUGCAGCAUCAGUCCCCUCGACCAGAACAAAAGCAUCCCGCCCCUCCGCAACAUGCUUCUCCCACUGCGGAUCCCUCGGGAUACCAGUCUCAAGACCCCCGCACUGCACCUGCUGCUCGACCUCGGCAACGGCCUCGCCAGAGCAAUGCGAUGGAUAUCAGAUCGAGAUUGCUUGCUAUUUGCACACCUGGUGACCCAACCAAAUUGUACUACAACCUUUGCAAAAUCGGUCAAGGUGCAUCGGGUGGUGUAUUCACCGCAUACCAGAAUGGCACGAACAGCUGUGUUGCUAUUAAGCAAAUGAACUUGGACCUUCAGCCUAAAAAGGAUCUCAUCAUCAAUGAGAUCCUUGUGAUGAAGGACAGCAAGCACAAGAACAUUGUCAAUUUUCUGGAUAGUUACCUUCAUGGACUCGAUCUUUGGGUCGUUAUGGAAUACAUGGAGGGCGGCAGUCUCACUGAUGUAGUCACAUUUAACAUCAUGAGUGAAGGACAGAUUGCAGCUGUUUGCAGAGAGACUUUGAAUGGAUUGCAGCACCUUCACUCCAAAGGUGUCAUCCACCGCGACAUUAAAUCUGAUAACAUCCUUCUCUCGAUGGAGGGCAAUAUCAAAUUGACCGAUUUUGGUUUCUGUGCACAGAUCAACGAUUCGCAGAACAAGCGGAACACCAUGGUCGGAACGCCAUACUGGAUGGCCCCGGAGGUCGUCACCAGGAAGGAGUAUGGCCGCAAGGUUGAUAUCUGGAGUUUGGGCAUUAUGGCAAUCGAGAUGAUUGAGGGUGAACCCCCUUAUCUCACAGAGUCUCCUCUGCGGGCACUCUACUUGAUCGCUACGAAUGGAACCCCUACUAUCAAGGACGAGCAUAACCUCUCCCCGGUAUUCAGGGACUUCCUCCACCUUGCACUGAAAGUAGAUCCUGAAAAGAGAGCCUCAGCCCAUGACCUAUUGAAGCAUCCAUUCAUGACCCUCUGCGCACCGCUCUCCCACCUGUCGCCUCUUGUCAAGGCUGCUCGGGUUAGCAGAGCACAAGAAAAGGCUCAGAAGGGAGGUGCUUAG